ACCCCUGACCUUUGAACUGUGUACCACACCUGCGCGUGUGUCAUACCUGUAAUCAAAGCCGCCGCCCGUGACACGUACCACAGCUGGCGACGAGCCAAACAACAAUGGCAGCGGUGCGGAGCGGCGUCUAUCCAGCCUCCAUUGCUGCAAAUAUGGCCCAGGAAGAGUGGAUGCCGUCUUCUAUGGAGGAGAUGCACCUAGAGGUGGGUAGGCUACGGCAAGAACUGGAUCAGGCAACGCAGGAAAAGAUUCAGGCUGCCGAAUACGGGCUGCAAAUGUUGGAGGAGAGAAGGUUGACGUCACAACAGUAUGAAGAACUGGAAUCCGUGUACGAGACAACAAACAGGGAACUAGACUUCGCCAAAAAGAGCCUUGAGGAUUUGCAUCUAAGAUAUCAAAAGCUGUCUCAAGAGAGCCAGGAGCGCGAGGAAACGCUGCUGAAGGAGACCGCCAGCAGAGAGGCCGGGUUUGUAAACAAGAUAGCCAACAUGGAGGAGGAAGUCAAGUAUUCCAAACAGGCAUUAGCCAACAUCAAGUCUGAAAACGAAAGACUUGCAAGACUGAAGACUGAGAGUGACCAGACGAUAGACUCCCUUGAGAGCCAGAGGAAAGAACUCAAGGAGAACAUCAAGGAACACAAACAGCGCGAGACUCGACUGAUGCAAGACUAUAGACAGCUGGAAGAAGACAACCUGUUACUUAAGAAGCAGAUGUCAGUCCUGAAGUCCUCCCAAGUGGAGCAGGGUGCCUUAAAGAAUGAGAACAAGCGUCUUCUGGACGACAUCGAGCUGUUGAACAGUCAGAUGAAGGAGGAGAGCCGAGUCAAACAAGUCGCACAGAAACAGCUGGAAGAAGCUCUGUGCUCCUUAGACGACGAACGAGAACAGAAGAUGGUCUUACAAGAGCAGGUCGACUCCCUGACGAGUAAUCACAAGAUCCCUACAACUCCGGAAGAGCCCACGAUGUUCCAGUCACCGAGACAGUCCCCCGUCCAGGUCACAGACUUCCUCAGCGAGUUCCGGACGUCAGAGAUAGACAUGCUCAACGAGCAACUGGAAGAGAUCAAGAGGGAGAAAGAGACAUUGCUGAGGACGCUUGAAGAGACAAAGGGGAAAAUGUCCGAGACGGAAAAUUACAACAAAAAGUUAGAAGCUGAGAAGCUGCGAUAUCAGGACAGUAACAACACCAUACACAAGGAGCUGCAAACGAUGACAGAGGAGCUGAAACACGUCUACAAAACCGCCCUGAUGGUCAACGGCAAACGGCUGAGCAGGAUAAAAGAGGCCGGGAGGACUCCUUCAACAAAGGAAAAGCAACCCGUUCGGAAAAGAAGUGGUAGCAAACUUGAAGCCAAGUCAAAACAACAACAUCUGAGACCAUCCGGUACAAAAGACUCUUCUAAGAUAGAAAGAAACUCUCCUAACAAAGACUUGAAAUCUUCAUCCACAGACAAUUUAGCAUUUAGAGCACAAAAGCCAGAUAAUAAAGUCACGGACCCGAUUACUUGCCACGUGCUACUCCACACGACUAAAGAUCAGCUCAAACAAGUGAGGCGUACCGUAGAUAGAACACUCGACAUCACCAGCCAGUUGUCGUACGUCGAUUCAUCUAUGGCUGCCGAACGCUUAGAACUCCAAGAGCAGGUCCAGAAACUCAAAACUCUGCUCAAUUCCAAAAGGGAACAAGUCGCUUCAUUGCGAACUGUGCUGAAAGUCAACAAAGCGGCUGCGGAAACUGAAAUCACGACGCUUCAACAAACUUUUGACACGUCGAGAGUGAAAGAUCAGGAAGAGCUGGGUUCCUUGUGGGAAGAGGUUCAAGAGCUUCGGGAGGAGGUUGCGAACUUCCACGCGUUGCGAACGGGUUGGGCGGGUAGAUGCGACGAUCUCGUGGCGCAGGUAGAAGAAAUGCAGGACCACGUCGCUGCUUUAGAGACAGAAAAGAACGACAUGCUGAAGAGACAGGAAUCAGAGGAGAAGGAGAGGAAAGAACUGGAGGCCGCCCUGAUGGCAGCGGUCCAACAGAAAGUGGAGUUGGAACAAAAACUAGAAGAUUACCUCGACCAGUUCAAUCGUUUGAAAAGAUCUAAUUCCAGACUCUCGUCAACAAUCAAUGUUGUAUGAUGUCUACUAAUUCCCAUAUCCGAAUGAAGUAAUGUUGUCUGUCCAUCUAGUAAUGUAUUUUAUGAUCAAAGUUGCCUAUGAAGAUUUAUUUCCCAUCGAAUAUCUUUCUCUGUUUUAUUAAAGUGCAACGGUUUGUUUUAUGUAUGAGCAUGGAAUU